AUGAACACAAUCAAAUCGGUAUACUACGGCUGGGCAACCUUAAUAGUAGCAGGCGGCGGCGCCUACUUCUUCGCCAAACGCAGCAUCAACGCUGACCGCGCCGCAAAAGCCGAAGCCGACCGCCAAAAGCGCAUCCGCCUUUACGAACUUGAGCACGGCCUGAAGAACUCGGCCCCUGCCACGACACCGCUGAACCCCACGGCGAAACCAGGAUCUACACAGUCAGCGCCGCAAAGCGUGACAAGCGAGUUAGGCCGGCUGAGGAGUGAGGGCGGAGGUAAUGGUGGGAUGGGGGGUGAGGGUAAUCCAAGUCUACAGGCUAGCCAAGAUCCAGCGCCCACAAGGCAUGCACCCGAGAGUGAGGGGCAGAGGGUAGGAGAGAAGAGCAAGUACGAGGCGAAUGAAGUGUACCGAAGUCGAAAGGGCGAUCGGUUCUCAUGA